AUGUCUAAUGACUAUUUUUACGGGAGUUCCGGCUGCACGUGCGCAGUGUGGAAUUCUCACUCUACCCACGGCAGGGGAGAGCACACGACCAACAUGCAAGAGCACCCAACGCGGAGUUUGUCCAACGCUCUCCUCUGCCGUGAAUAUGAGGAGGAUCCAGCACCUUUGAAAACAUUUCUAUCUGGUUCUAGUUUGGGCAACGGUGGACCCCAGUUAAGCUUCAUUCCCACAGCCGGCGCUCCAGCAAAGGCCAGCAGCCCACCACCUCGUAUAUGGCAGGUAUUCCUCGAGAAGGAGAGAAACCCCAAGAGCCCUGGGGUCGUCACACACAGUAGUGGGAAUCAUGGUCAAGCGGUGGCAUAUGCCGCGAAAUGUGCCGGCCUUCCCUGCAGUGUAGUUGUACCCAAAGGAACACCAAAGGUUAAAUGUGAUGCCAUUGUUAAUUAUGGUGCUGAGCUCGUGUUCUGUGAACCCUCUCCAGCUGCAAGGAAAGAGGUCUGUGCCCAGAUUGCAGAAGCAACAGGGAAGGCAAUCAUCCAUCCCUUUGACAAUUACAAUGUCAUGGCUGGCCAAGGGACAAUUGCACUGGAACUUCUGGAGGAGGUGCCUGAUUUGGAUGCUAUAUUAGUACCAAUAAGUGGAGGAGGAAUGACUUCUGGCAUUGCUGUUGCUACACAUGGCCUAAACCCCAAUUGCAGAGUGUUUGCUGUUGAGCCGGUAGGAAAGGACCUUCAAAGAAGUCUUGAAAGCAAAGAACGUUUAUGGCCCAAUCCAAACAGGUUCCUGGAUACAAUAGCAGAUUCUAUUAGGAUUCAGCAGGUUGGAGAUCUGACAUUCCCAAUUCUGUGUGAUUAUGCUGAGUCGAAGGUCUUUAGUGUCACGGACGACCAGAUGAUUGAGGGCAUGAGGUUCAUCUUUGAACGCAUGAAGCUUGUUGUAGAAGCAGCGUCAGGGGCAGCUGUCUAUGCCGCCAUGAAUUCCCUCGAAGAUGUCACUCCGCCUCCAAGAAAGGUCGGAGUCAUCCUCUGUGGCGGAAAUGUCGACCUUGAUCAUUUGCCAUGGAUUGAUCGGAAGACAUCGUAUUGAAGUUCGAUCAAUGAGGCACAUCAUGUAGAGAGGGAAGGGAAAAGAGUGUUUAAGUCUACAAUGAAUGGCAUUUGAUUAUCUUUUCAGUAUUGCACCAUCAUAAUCUGGUAUUUCUGAAAUCAAUAAAUUAUAAAUUAUAAUAUCUUGCAAUGUGGAAUUAUUCAUUUGCAUUCAUACAUUUUUUACAUUUGUUCCAGUGAGUCAUAUUGACUGGCAUAGUAUGCUCAUUAUAGAUUUUUACUAUUUUCUCUUAUGUCAAAUGUUGCAGUAGAAACAUGUUUUUUUCUUAUCUUAGUUCUUAGUUAAAAAAAAGAGUUUUGUGAUGUUUGAUGGGAAAAGAAAUAAAGGUGACCGGAAUACGGGAUGUUUUAAGUAUAUAUGCAUGGUGUAUGUGUGUGAAUUUAUCCCAAAUAUAUAAAUGUGUAUAAAUAAUACAGUUAUAUGAUGUAUACUUUAUAAAGAUAUUGAGUAGAAAAGUAAAGAAUUAUUAAAUUUAUUAAUUAUAUCUUUUCUAUUGCUAUGUAUUGUAUAUGGUUGUUGAGAUAUACAAGUAAAAAGAAAUAUAUAUAUAUUUUAAGGCUUAUAAAGUCAUUAAUAAAAUAAGAAAUAAAACAGCUAUUAAGGUGUUGUAUAUUAUUAUAUAUUUACUCCUGUGAGAAGCUUUAAAAAUGUAUUAUUUAUUUUUUGUAUGUAUAUACCAAAUGUGAACACUAUUUUAUUCUUAUUAGCUUGUAUUUAAUAAUAUACCCAUUUAGGCAUAACCUCAACUUCAUGAAAACUCAAAAGUUGACAUAGAGUUUUUAUUCUCACUCAGUAGUAUUUAAAACACUAGGCCAGAAGUUGGAAAAGUGCACCAAAUAUUGUGUUAGAAAGCCUUAUAACAGAGUCUUUGUUUUAGAAGAUAGCCAAGUGGAUUAGCCUAAUGAACUUAUGCAUGUAAAGUAAGAGUGAAGAAAUGGAUACAUAGUGCUUUAACAAAAUAAUAUUUUAUUCUGACUGAAAGUAAUUAGACACCUGUUAUAUGGUUAAAUAUGUGGGUAUAUAAAAAAAAUAUUUGAUAUCUUCAUACUAGAAAAAAAGACAGAUAGAUGACAGACAGAGACAGAGAGUUUAAUUAUGAUUUUUUUUAUAAAGUAAAAAUAAUAUUGAAUAAGGAAUUUUAUUCAUAUGCUAUGAUUGGGCAAAUAAAUAAAAUUUUAUUUUACCA